AUGUCCAGCUCGAGCAUCUCGGGCACGCUGUCCGCUACGGCGGCCACGGCAUCCGCGACUGCUUCCAGCUCUGCGCCCGCCGGCCCUUCCUCGACAGCACCACCCCAAACCAGCGGCCCCUACCCCCCAACCACCGCGAUUCUCGGCCUGGUCCCGUCCCCCAUACCCGACAUUCCCAUCUGCUUGGCCCUGGCUGUGCUUUUCGUCAUUGGCGCAGUCAUCAACAUGACCAUCUACCAGCGCAACCGGAAGAAGUCCUACAAAUUCAUCUUCCCCAUCUUCAUCUUCUUCUUCUGCAUGGCCCGCACCGCGGCGCUGGUGCUGCGCGUGGUGUGGGCGAGUCAUCGGACGGAUAUCAGGUUGGGGAUGGUGUCGCAGAUCUUUACAGCCGCGGGGGUGAUGUUGUUGUUUGUGACGAACUGGAUGUUUGUGCAGACGGCGCUCAGGUCGUCCUAUCCCCUUUUUGGGUGGAGUAAGGGAGCGACGGGGAUCCUGCGGGGGUUGUAUGGGAGUGCGGUGUUGGUGUUGAUAAUGGUCAUCGUGGCGACAGUGCAAGCGGCGUUUGUGCCCCCGCCGCAGCCGGGUGGUGGUGAUGAUGCGGCGGAGGCUGCGAAGACGUUGCGGGCGGACCGGACAGUCCAGCUGAUGUGUGGAACAUACCUGGCCAUAUAUGCGGUUCUUCCCAUUCCCCUGAUUGCGGUUGCGUCGCUGGCACGCCGGGGAUCGCAUAAUGUUGACAAGUUCGGCGAGGGCGACUCCCGCAUCAAGUUUGGGCUUCUCAUUUUCACGGCCAGCCUGCUAUCUGUCGGCGCCUUUUUCCGGGCCAUUAUCGCCUUCUUCCCACGCCCCGUCAGCGACCCCGCCUGGUACCACAGCAAGGUGUGCUACUACUGUUUCAACUACGUGAUCGAGCUGGUGGUUGUGUACACCUAUACCAUCUCACGUUUUGACCGGCUAUUUUAUGUGCCGAGCGGCUGCAAGGCACCGGGCCACUACUCUAGGCGCAGCCUGGUCGAAGUGGCCGCAGGACGAUUUAAGAAAGAGGGCGGCGGUUAUAUGGGACAAUUUCAUGUGUGCUCUGGUGACUUUGGAUACGAAUCUUCGAGCCGCCAGGGUCCAGACGGCGAGACCGUAGUCAACUGGGACGACUGGGUUGAUGCUGUGGAAGAAGUGGCGAAACACGACGAAGAGGAGCAUGAGCGGUACAAGCAGGCAGCCAGGGCUGCGUUGAGGAAAUAUGAAUCAGAGGACGCGACUGAAGGAGUUUGGGUGAGGGUAGGCAGGAAAGCGAAACAGGGUUGA